AUGUUUGUUUCAACGUCUCAAAGUAACGAUGACGGCUUGCGGGCAUCUUACAAUAUUUCGUUGCUUAUAGCGAAAUCUGGAAAACCGCACACCAUCGGAGAAGAGUUAAUACCCACUAUUGAAGAGGUUUUACAAACUGUUUUGCACAAACCUCCAUUUGACGUACUCAAAAGAAUUCCUUUAAGUAACAACACUGUACAAAGACGUAUUGAUGAAAUGAGCUGUGAUAUAGAAAGCUUCUUGUGUAAUUAUCUGCAAACCACUCAUUUUUCUAUUCAAUUGGACGAGUCUACUUUGCCUGGUAAUGAAGCAUUAUUAUUGGCAUAUGAUCGAUUUGUUAUGGAUGAAGAAAUCCAUGAAGAGCUGCUAUUCGCAAAAUGUUUGAAGUCGGACACUAAAGGCGAAUCGAUAUUUAAUGUCCUGAGUGAUUUUUUUACAGAAAAAUCUAUUCCAUUUACAAACAUUAUUUCGAUGGCAGCAGAUGGAGCUCCUGCCAUGUUCGGGCGAUAUCGUGGGUUUAUAAGCCAUUUUAAAAGAUAUAAUACCAGGGCUAAUUACAAUUCACUGUGUCAUCCACCGACAACACCUUGUAGCGAAAAAUUUGAGAGAUAG